AGUGCACCUUAGACCACGGAGCGGGAAACAACCACCUCUUUGGCAUUGUGGAGUGCGCGAAAAGCCUGGUUUUCUCACAUAAUAUAAACUUAAAUCUAUUUUUUGAAGUUUGUGCCAGCCAAAGUGAAAGAAAAGUUUUUAUUUUUGGCGAAAAAACAUAUCUAACAAACAAUUACAAGACCAAAUUUCGUAUGGAGAAUUUCAAGGCUGACAUAUAAAAGAUAUUUUCGUAAUUCCUCGAGCCACAGCCAAUGAUUUCAAUCAGUUUCAAAUUGAACGUUAUUUGAAGAAAUUCCACGUAAUAAUGGGAUUGAGUAGAUUGAAUUAUGAACGCUCAGUGCAGUAAAUGGUGAUUUUUCGAAUGUGUAUGGUGCUCUAUUAUUUCGUCGAAAAAAAAAAGGAACAAGUGGGCGGUUAAUCUAUACUAUAUUAACAUAUUUUGAUCUCUGCAAAACACCCAGAAGAAAGUGAUUGUGCAGUGAAACACGAAAAAAAAAUAUAUUGCAGCAACAAUGGUUUUUUUCUUGGAUGUAACACUGGAGAGAAAAAAUAGGUUGUUCUUCAUCAAUUUGGGGUGGCUAAAUGUCAACGAGUAUGACAUUCCAUCUCAACAAUAAGUCAUAAAUCAUCGCUUGUAGUAAUCUUUGGGAGUUGAAUAAGCCACCCAAAUACUGGAAAAUUCUUCAACUUUUGAUCCAACUAUUAACCACUAAGGAUGGCCAUGGUCAAUGUGUGUAGUCUCUCAUUUAUUCUCUUGAUUGCCAUUAGCGAAGCAUUUGGUCAUCCUACAGGUCAAAGUGAUCUCAUAUCUGGUCAGGACUUUCUAUCGUUGUUCAGUGAUAGGAAAAUUCAGGGAGAUUUGGAGGAAAAUCAGGCCAGAUCGGAGUAUUUGAAGCAGCUGGAAGAAGACGAUACGAUUCUGCCAAUUGAGAAAUUAUUCCUCUCCACAGAUGAGAUGAUGGCAGAUAGUACCAAUCACUAUUCUCUCGAUAAGCGAUCAAAUCGCAAGUUGGAUAGCUUUACAGCCACGGCUACAUUGAAAUCAGAUGAUGCAGAUGCCAAUAAAUCGCAAUUGCAGCUCGUUAAGACUGGAAGCAGGAUUGUCUUCAUUGAACCGGAGGGCGUCAAGGACGCUGAAGUGGCGCUGACGCAGAAGAAUGAGGAGGAAGGUGUUCGUGUAAUUGGCGUGAGUGUUUCAUCAUCCGUAGCCCAGAGAUCAUCUACACCACAGAGAGAUUUUCCCGUGGAUGUGACACCAUCUCGUCGGUCGGGCAGUGACUUUUCCAUUGAGGAAGAUGAACCACUGACACUCACAAAAGACAUUGCCGAUUCAGCCAAAGAAGAGUCAAUGAACGUUCACAGUUUCGUUGCACCACCUGAUUCAGGUGUCGUGCCGGCAUCGCAGCAGGUGAGGUCAAGAACUCAGCGCAAGCAAGAUGACGUUGUCCCCUACCAAGUGAUUUAUCACGAUGACGAAAAGAAAGACCGCACGCCAUUGCCUCGCUCCAUUUCAUACACGUCUCUGGGUCAGACAGUCACUGAGCCCAAAUUGUGGCGCCAAUUUGAAGCACGACUCAAUAAAACAGACAACACAGUUAGCAACACCCCAUAUUCCCAACCAGAGAAAAUCUACGGUGAACCUGCUAAAAUUUAUUCCGUUCCCGCCAAAAUCUACGGUCAACCAUCGAAGAUUUACUCUGAACCGGCAAAAAUCUAUUCGGAACCGGCAAAGAUCUAUUCCGAACCCGCCAAAAUCUACUCAGAACCAGCUAAGGUUUAUGGAAAACCAGCUAAGGUUUAUGCCGAACCACCUACUACCACCCAAGCCCCUACCACAGCCCCACCCUCCAAAAAAAUCGUCUUCAACCUAGAUAAACUCCCCUAUGACCUACUCAAUCGACCACAGAGCACCCGUCCUACCCAUCCCAGAUUCAAGGGACAGAACCUCACUCCCAGUUCCAGUUCAGAUGUUCAAGCAGCCUCCACACCGAGUGCUUUCGAGGGGCCCACUCCAGAACAGAAUUAUGAGGUCGAUGAGGCAGUUAGUGUUAUGACAAAUGGGAGACACCACGGAAUUCAGUCACCAAGUGCUGCUACGCCCAUAACGGAUGACGCCAAGAAAGUAGGUUAUGUGGUAGAAGGACGAAACUUUAGAAAGUAUCGUGUUGAGGAAAAGACCGCCGAUGGAUUUAUCGUGGGUGAAUAUGGGGUUGUUAGUCAUGAUGAUGGAAGUCUCCGUGGUGUUAGAUACACGGCUGAUUCCAACAUAAGUCCAAGUCUUAUUUACAAUGCCCUCCUCAAGUUCUUGUCUCUCUGAGCCAAUUGGCCAGAGACAUACAUAAAAGUAUUAGGAAAGAAUAAGGAAGGUCAUUCUUAUUCGAAUAGUUAGGCAAAACAAAAAAAAGAGUAAUAAAUAAAAAUAAAUAAGAAACAAAAUGAGAAAAGAAUGUAUGCCAUAGUUUAGUGACUUUCAGAAAGUUGUUAUUUUUUCCCAUUAAAAAAAAACAACAACAACAAUGAAAAUGAGCUAAUAAUUUCCAGAAGACACGCAUGAAUUACUAGAAAGAAUUUAAAAAAAAACAAAAUUAUUUAGAAAUUCUCAAUUCUCUAGGAAUAACAAAAGAGCAUUAGAUAGAAUAUUGUAAUUGUCUCUAAUUUAAAAUUAGAAAACUAUGUUAUUGAUAUACUGUGUGAUAAUAGGAUACUCCAGAUAAUAAAUUUAUACAAUCC